AUGAAGGAUCUCCUUGAGUGCUACUACUCUUCUAUCACCGUGGUUCGAAUACCAGGUGGAAGCCGGUACAUGAUGAUCGACGAUCAAAUUUCGAAAUUGCAUGGAGUAAUCACGCGCCGAUGCGCUGAAUCGUUCCACUCCAAACGAAGGUCGCGCAUGCUCUCCAACUCUGAGACCCUCCACGUCUAUCUGCAGUGCGCGUUCGAUCACUUCUCGCAGGAUCUUCAUAAACCUUUCGACUUCAUGGAUAUCGCAUUCAAGAUCAACCCGAUACCUCAAGACUUUGGAGGUCAUAUUCUCAAACUGGCCGUCGCUAUGAAGGCCCGAUCUGGCGAUCCCAAUCCUAGAGAGAUCUUCGAAGAGCUGAGCCAUAUGAAUCGACGUGGCAAUGUUAUCGGCUCAGGCCCCUACCAAUCGAGCUUCACAUUUGACAACUUCAGCGAUGAUUGGUAUGAUCAUGUCACGAAGUAUGUGAUCAAGCUUCAGGAGAGGCUUGAGUCACAGAUGACGAUGUCGACCAAAGUGGAGGAAGAGGAUGUGAUUACCAGACUUCAUCUCGGCAACAUCAAAGACUUCUAUUACCGCAUUGGCGGUGCUCGUAAUUUCGUCAGUCAUACGACAUGUUUCUGCUGCUUGAGGGAAUUAGCGGAGCAUGCACUACCUUGCGGCCAUGUGCUCUGCACAGCGUGCGUGGAAGGUUAUGGCGAACCAGACCCAGCACUCUCCGGCUCGUUCAAGAUGAACAUAUGUCCGCUACACGACCACGAGGCAUUCUUCUCUAAACCGGUAGAGGUCUACUUCAAACCACCUCUGGCAGGUCUGCGGAUACUGUCUCUUGACGGAGGUGGUGUGCGUGGAGUUGUCAUCUUAGAGGUCCUUCGACGUAUUCAGGAGGAGCUAGGCGGUAAUAUCAAAGUCCAAGAAUUUUUCGAUCUCAUCGUUGGUACUAGUACUGGAGGCAUUCUAGCACUCGGCCUUGGUGUCAAAAGCUGGUCCGUGGACCGUUGCAGUGAGCUCUUCCGCAAGAUGGUGGACAGGGCGUUCACGCCCAGAAUCCUCGGUGGGGUCACCUUCGGAACGAACAAAUACCGUACGAAACCCUUCGAAGACGUAAUGAGGGAGUGUUUCAAGGACGAGACCAUGUUCGGUGGCGAAUGCGAAACCGCACUUGUCAAUCCAUGCAAAGUGGCCGUUACCUCUGCAACGGAAACUGCGGACCAAGCGGUGAUUUUCACAAACUACAAUCGCGCAGAAGAUGAGCAGAUUGGCUACCGAUUGAUCCGCCCCGAUGACCCAAAGAACGAUAUUCUGGUCCGAGAAGCUGCACGAGCAACGUCGGCUGCCCCGACCUACUUCAAACCGUUCAAAAACCCGCGUACAAUGGAAUGCUUCUUGGACGGUGCUGUCUUCCAUAACAAUCCCGUUCGCAUCGCCAACUACGAGAGUAAACUUCUUUGGCCUGAUGCAGAUGAGAGACCUCCGGACAUUCUUCUCUCCAUAGGAACUGGUCAGCACUCAGCUGACACUGAUGAUUUUGCCAACACACCACGUCGCGAUCGCAGGCGCUUGGAAACCCGAAAGAAAAUGUACCAGCCUAAACCUGCUUCACGCGCCAAACAUUCCAUGCGUAUAUUUGGCGCAUUCGAAUUCGAAUCAUGGCUCAAGAUCUUCAAGAAACGGAUGGAAAGUGCGUUGGAUGCCGAGUUGACCUGGAAAGAUUUCCGCAACGACGUGAUUCAACCAGCUUCGUAUGCAGUCGCCGAUCGAUACAUCCGUUUGAACCCAAGGACAAUGAAUCGUAUUCCCAAAUUGGACGAUAAGUCCCAGAUUGAUCGUCUGCUGGAAGAUAUCGAAAACGAUCUUCGCAAACACGGUCAGCAGACAAAGAUCAGAGACAUUGCGCAGCGGCUGGUUGCGAGUUCGUUCUACUUUGACAAAUGUCUUCCUGAAAGGUCUACCGAAGACCAUAUCAUCGUGCGAGGUCGAAUCCAGUGCAGAUUCGCUGCAGGAUCGCAGAACCUUCGACACUUGGGGGAAUACAUACGAAGGCAUCAGCUACCUGGCUUCCAGCCAUUCUUUCGCAUUCUGGAGGCUUUGCACGAAGGAGGGUCCGAGCGUAUACAGGUCUCACCGCAAACGAUCCGCAAUAUGACAGAAAGAGGAUUGUUUCAUAUUAACCCCGUUGAGAUACCCAUAGCUUCGGAGGGUGCAGAAGUAUCAAUCGUUCUACAUCUGAAUGACGAUCGCGCCCAAGGACAGGCAGGACUGCCUAUCAGCGGCUUUCCUAGGCGUUUCGCAGAAGGCGAACCCAUGAAGACAUCUCGCGCCGGCGAUAAUGCCAUUCCGCGGAUAGUCUCGUUGGGCAAUGAUGAUGACGACCUCGCAAAAGCGAUAGCGCUCAGUCAGCAAGAAGCACUCUCAGCACCGAGAAGGGCUAGUACAGGAGGUUUUGAUGAGAAUGAGAUUGCUGAGGCACUGAACAGAUCUUUGCUCGUUUCGGAGAGGUAG